GUGUGUCGCGGCGUAGGCAUUGGUUUGCGGGCAGCGCACCUGCAGGAGGAGGAAGAGUACUAGGCGUGGUGUCUAAGUACACAGUCGAGUACUGUAGCGUCUAAGUAUGUAUAGAGGACAUGCUGGGUCGUGUGUGGGCCGAUGUUGUGCCGCGGACCCUGUAGGGACAUGCCCAACACGGCCUGUCGUGAGCCCGCAAAAGGCCAUCGCCUCUGCUGGAGCGGGGUACAGGCGAGUCGGUGAGCCAUGCACAUCUGCAUCCAUACCCAUACCCAUACCCAUACCCAUGCCCAUGCCCAUGGCGACAACGGCCUCUUAUCGCACUCACUGCACCAGCGACUCGAAGAAUUCCACCGCCAUUCGUUGUUCAUCCCGUCCUGUCCUGUCGUGCCCUGCAAUGCAAACCCUCAGCCGCAGAUGCCUUGCUGUGGGUCGCGCCGGCCGAGCUGUGCGGAUUGAGGAUUGGCCCUGUCGUUCCCCUCUCAGAUGGCGAUUCCCACUCUGUUUACCAGAUCGCGUCGUAUGCGGCAUGGCCUCAACGCGUCCAACUACACGCCUAUUCGCUCACAUGCGACGGGCAAUGCCACACCCCACCCGCACCCACACACACCCUCUUUGUUUGGGACGGCACAAAUUCCAACCCGUCCUCGCACGCUUCGUCUCUUAAGGCAUGAUGUGUCCCGCAGACCCUGGAACAUGGGCUCGAAAGCGUUUACCGCGCCAUCGCUCCCAUCCUCUUUUGUGCUGCCUCUCGGUGCUUCGGCAUAUCGACUGCAGCGGUGGCGUUGAGACAUGGACUUCUGCAGUGUGCCGUUGCCAUGCAGCAACAAGCUUCCGAAGCGCCAGGGUGC